CCCAAGACCACUGCACUGGGAGCAUGGAGUCUUAACCACUGGACCACCAGGGAAGUCCCUCCACUAUGUUUUGGUGGUUGUUUUUCUUGAUUGUCUUCCCCAUUGGACCUAACCAGGGACCUGGGCAGUCCCUGAGACCAACACCCUGUGUCCACAUACCCAAGUGAAGACAGCCACUGAGCUCCAGAUGAUAACCUAUGGUUUCCAACCACUUUCAAGGACUUCCUCAGGCCUCGCCUGGUCAGAAUAGCCCGUGUGAACCUGGGCUGCAAGUCCCAACAGCCUCUUCAUCCUCCUGCUGUCUUCAGUCAGUUCACGUUGUACACUGAAUCCUGAAAGCUGAUUCAGCCUACAUCCCUUUCCCCAAUUGGCAAGCGUGUGAUAAAGUGCCCUUUCGGGAGGUGGUGGUGAGGGGAGGCUGGGGCAGGAAGUCCUGUGCAUCCCACCAUCUCUAUGAAAGAGCAGUCCUCACACUUCCCUCGUGCUGAUGCAACCAGGCGUGGGCAAAAGUCUGACAACACAGGGCGGAAAGGAGCAGCCAUUAGCACUAAUGAAGCAGGCGGUCUGAAAGCUUUUUACUUUGAAGCUGCUCGCCCACCUGGGAAGGGAACAGUCCGUUCGGUCACCUUGGUUUCCAGGAACCGCAGGCAGAAAAUGGUGUGGGGGUAGGAGCAGGGGUGGGAUCUUGGAGAAGCCUGGAGGAAGGGGGAGCAGAGAUAGAUCCAGAGAGGGAGGUAGAGGGCCUGCUUUUGGCUGAGUGGUCUUUUGCCCUCCUUACUCCUCUCCAAAACCUAGAGUCUGGGUCUGCACCCCAACCCCACCCGGCUUUGGCUACUGGCCCAUCACCCACCUUUCAGUGCCCUUGACCCAAGUUCCUGGAAGCAAAGGAAACAUGCCAUGCGUAGGGUCUGAAUGACCAUCUCCAGGGCCACAAAUUAAAUUAAGCGUUCAGGGCUGCCUGCCUGGUUACUGCUAAUGACUCCAGCCUGCCCAUCCCCCAGGUCCCUUUCCUGCAGAAAUUUGGGGGCCCUGGGCACCCUAUCUUGUUCCCAAAUUUUGAUGGGCUCCUGGAACCCUCACUCCAAAUUGGAGAUGAGCACCCCUCUUGUAGAGCCCUGGUUCCAGUGAGAGAGGCCUGAAUUGUGCUCCCACCUUCUGGGGAGGGCCCCUCAUACCCUGGCUGCAGGAAGCAGUCACGUGUGGGCCCUUCAUUAGAUCCUGCCAUAUAAGCCGGGGACACGGAAUGGUCAGCAACUCCUGGGACGAGGAUCCAGCAAGCAGAGGUAAGUCCUCAGGUUGGGCUGAGACUCCUACUCUCUAGGGGUCUGGGAUAGGGCAUCUAGAGGGUGCUCCAGGGAUGAAGAGGGGCUAAGUGGUGGGUUUUCCCACUCAGCCAGGCCAUGCUGACCGCAGUACUGCUGAGUUGUGCCCUGUUGCUGGCAAUGCCCACCAUGCAGGGGGCCCAAAUGGGCUCUGCUCCCUUGGAGGGCAUUGGAAGGCCUGACGAAGCCUUAUUCCUAGAGCUCCAAGGCAUAAGCCUGCAGCCAUUGCUGAAGAGGACAACGGAGGAACAGGACGAAGAGGCGCUGCUGCAGGAAGCAGAGGCCAAGGCCUUAGCAGAGGUGCUAGAUCCGGAAGGACGCAAGCCACGCUCCCCACGUCGCUGCGUAAGGCUGCACGAAUCCUGUCUGGGACACCAGGUACCCUGCUGCGACCCGUGCGCCACUUGCUACUGCCGUUUCUUCAACGCCUUCUGCUACUGCCGCAAGUUGGGUACCACCACGAACCCCUGCAGCCGCACCUAGCUGGUCGACGUCCGGGUCAGGGCUGGGGGGCACCAAUAAAAGGAUGGGACCAAUCCCAGGGUUGUGGCGUUAUUUCGAACGUGACCGUCGUCGGAGGUGGGGGAGGUCACGGCAGGGGUGGA